GGUUGGACCCCGGCAGCCCAACCUCUCCGACGUCAAAUGUCCAGCCGGUCCUCUCCUAGUCCGCUCACGUUGCAGUUAAAAAGCAGCCGCCGGCUUUCUGCAGGGGUGCAGAGUCGGCCAUAGCGUCGAGAUUAGUAACCUACCUGAUAACUGGAGGAGCUAGCUAUAUAAUGACAUUUUGAAAUGGCACAGAGAGACACAUUUCUACAUCUCUUCGCUGGGGGAUGUGGUGGUACAGUGGGUGCCAUUGUGACUUGUCCCCUGGAGGUGUUGAAGACCAGGUUACAGUCAUCAGGCCUCACCCUCAGACCGGUGUUCCAGGUUCAGCUAGGCACAGUCCAUGGAGCUGGUGUUAUUCGACCAGGACCAGUCACGCCUAGUCUCCUACAGGUCCUACGGUCAAUUCUGGAAAAAGAAGGACCAAGUUCACUUUUCCGAGGACUGGGUCCGAAUCUUGUUGGUGUUGCACCUUCAAGGGCAAUAUAUUUUGCAUCUUACUCCAAGUCAAAGGAGACUUUCAAUAACAUCUUUGUGCCCAAUAGUGGAGUGGUACACAUGUCUUCAGCAGGCUUUGCAGCUUUUGUUACAAACUCUCUGAUGAACCCUGUCUGGAUGGUCAAAACCAGAAUGCAGCUAGAAAAGAAGGCGCGAGGUGAGAAGAAGAUGAACGCCUUGCAGUGCGCACGCUAUGUGUACAGGACCGAGGGAGUGCGGGGCUUCUACCGGGGUCUCACUGCGUCCUAUGCUGGAAUAUCUGAGACCAUGAUCUGUUUUCUCAUCUACGAGACACUGAAGAAGCACCUGGCGGCAGGACGGCUCGCGACCCCUGCUGACAACGGAGGGAAGGGCCCCUCUGAUUUUCUGAGCCUCAUGGUAGCAGCAGCUUUUGCCAAGGGCUGUGCUUCCUGUAUAGCUUAUCCCCAUGAGGUCAUUCGGACAAGACUUCGGGAAGAGGGCAGCAAGUACAAGUACUUCUUCCAGACAGCCCGCCUGGUAGCGGUGGAGGAGGGCUAUGCAGCUUUUUAUAGAGGACUCAUUCCACAGCUUAUUAGGCAGAUUCCUAACACGGCCAUAGUGCUCUCUACCUACGAGCUCAUUGUCCAUCUUCUGAGUCAGCCCUCCAAAUAAGACCCAGCAUAAUGUGUACAAAGAGACUCUUGGACCUGCUUUUGAAGUUGGAGGAGGAAGAAAUCAAACCCAACAUGAAUCCUACUGUGACAGGCUGUUUUUGCUGAAGGAAUGGGAUACAGGUUUGCAUAAGUAUCCAAAGACUUUUAAAGGCCUAUUUUUUUAUGGGGAUGCAUAAGUAUGUUAUCAUCAGAUGUAUUAAUUUUGUUUAUACUGCAUCCUAAGUGACACUUUUUAAUAUCAGAUGUGACCGUGUAAUUAUAAAUAUGUAUGGGUUGACUCUGUUGUUAAUAUUUCAUCACUGUACAGAAAGAGGUCAUCUGCAAAUACAUUGUGCUGUUAAGUUAACUAAAUUAUUCAUUUUGCUGCCUUUUUUCAGUUGUAGGUUUUGUUUUGUUUUAUUUUCCUCAGCCAUGGUUCUUACCAGGGCUGCAAUAUGGUACCUAUCCAAACACCCUGAAGUUGACAUUUCCAGGGCAUCCUGUUUCACUGACUGGGGAAGACAUUGAAAUGGACUUUAGGCAAAGGAUAUUCCUUUGGCAUCUAACACUACUCGCAGUACACCAUGUUGCAGUAGUUUUGAUGGCGUUCUGCAGCAUGUAGUGAAUUGGAGUCUGACCAACUAUGUGCUUAGUUAGUUGUCAUAUCUGUUAACUGUAUGUUUUGUUAGUGAGGUACAUUUUGUCAUCUUUAACGUAAAGUUAAAUGCAUAUAUGACCAUGGGUUCAAUAAAGUAGAUAGUGAAACGUUA